GGCAGGAAGGGGUUUUAUUUCCACUACUGGGCCUUGUUUGAUGGCCAUGCGGGCAGUGGUGCUGCUGUCAUGGCAUCCAAGAGGCUCCAUCUGCACAUCUGUGAGCAGCUGCGGGACCUCGUGGACAUCCUGCAGGACCCCUCCCCACCUCCCAUCUGCCUCCCGCACAACACGAGGGCUGUGUCUGCGGAGCCAAGCCAGGUGUCCGUCACAGAGGACAAUGGAGAGGUCCCCAACAAUGCUGUGCCACGGUUUCACCUGGAGAAAGCGGUCUCCCACGAGAGCCUGGUGAUCGGCGCCAUCGAGAACGCCUUUAAGCACAUGAUCGAGCGGGAGCGGGCGUCCCAGCACCUGUCCGGGGGCUGCUGCGCCCUGGCUGCCGUCUACCUCAUGGGCAAGUUCUACGUGGCCAACGCUGGCGACAGCAGGGCCAUUAUCAUCCGUAACGGGGAAAUCAUUCCAAUGUCCAGGGAGUUUACUCCAGAGACAGAGAGGCAGAGGCUGCAGUUUUUAGCGUUCCUGAGGCCCGAGCUGCUGGGGAAGGAGUUCACACACCUUGAGUUCCCCCGCAGGAUCCAGCCCAAGGAGCUGGGGAAGAAGAUGCUGUACAGAGACCAAAACAUGAACGGCUGGGCUUACAAAAAGAUAGAAGAGGACGACCUGAAAUUUCCACUUAUCUACGGGGAAGGCAAAAAGGCUCGGGUGAUGGCCACGAUUGGGGUCACGCGGGGCCUGGGAGACCACGACCUCAAGGUGUUCAGCUCCAACAUCCACAUCAAGCCUUUCCUGUCCUGCUUCCCGGAGGUCAGGGUUUACGACCUCACGCAGUACGAGCACUGCCCCGAUGAUGUUCUUGUCUUGGGCACCGACGGGCUCUGGGAUGUCACCAAUGACAAGGAGGUGGCUGGCGUGGUGAUGGAGGUGCUGACGAGCUACGAGCCCAACGACCCGUGCAGGUACACCAUGGUGGCCCAGGAGCUGGUGAUGCGGUCCAGGGGGGUGCUGAAGGAGCGGGGCUGGCGGCUGGCCAACGACAAGCUGGGCUCCGGCGAUGACAUCUCUGUCUUCGUGAUCCCUCUGGGUGGCCCGGGCAACUACACAUGA